CCGCCGCCCCUCUCUCCCUCUCGUCAGGUUGGUCUGAAUUCUGAAGUCAUGGGUGCAAUUCGCUUCGCGGUGAUCUCUUAAGCUCAUCACAUAUAUAAAAGCAACCUCAGUGGGCUAUGUAAGACAUGGCGUGCCAAACUAUCAGUGACCACUGACAGCUUUGCAAUACGUUGUUGUAUGGUCAACCUGCAAACUUGGUGUACUGCUACUCGUACUAUAAAUAACAUAGGGUUUUAACCUUGGUUGUGGUAAUGGUCAUCUUUUCUCAUUCAAUUAUGUGCACUUGAUUCUGCUUUAACCCAGGCUUGUUAUGGCUAUGUCUAGCAACGUCCCCUAAAUUUUAUGCCCUAAGACUGACUGCAACGCUCCCCCCUUCGCACCCCCUCCCCUAUCACUGUUCACGCUAUAGGGGUUACUGUUCACCCCUUCCCUCCGCAGCGGUCGCCGCUAUCCGCCUCCCCUCGCCGCCGCCCUCUUCUCUCUCACGCCAGAUGCAGGGCGUCACUGUGCAGUCCCCCUCCACUUCUUCGCGCGGAAGAAUCCGCCCGCGGCACCGACCGGAAGCUUCGCGGUCGUCUUCUCUCCUGUUCGAGGCGCCUGCGUUUCGGCGAUUCGCGACGAGGCGACGGCGAUUCGGGCGCGCUAGCGUGCCUGUCCCCGUCGGAGCUGUGGACGACGAAGUGGAGGUGGUCAGCAAGGUGCUCCGGUCAAGACCGAAGACGAAGCGGGCGCAAAUCCGGCUCCAUCCAGGUUCGUCGCCACCGCUUGGUUGCUUUCCCCGUCCGACCAUCGACGCCUUCAUCGGAUCCCCAAUCCAGCAGUUCGAUUCGUCUUAUUGCCGCCCAAAUCUUCGGAUCUUGAGUUCCGAAUGGCAUCCUCGAAAGAAGAUACCAUGAAGUCUUUGGUUAAAGUACUUGUCGACUGUGCCGAGGAUGCCACAAAAUCCCUUCGUGGAUUAGUAGAUCAUGCAUUAGACCACAUGCAUGACGAAGAGAUAUUAGCUAGAACCCUCUUUGCCAUGAAAGAAAAACUUGAUUUGCUUCACCAAGAUGCCUUAGAGGCAAAAGUCCAAGCUUUUCCUGAAAUUGCUAAGUACGAGGGGGAUGACAUAAGUGUUCAACCGACAUCUCCUUCCACCCCUCCAACAGUUACUGAACCAUCUGUCGACGAAGAGGAGUUCUACUGCCCGGAUGUGAGUGACGAGUGGUACUUCAGCGACUCAGAUAGGUCAACUCGUAAUAGCUAUUGGAAUAUUUAUUAGUUCACUGUAUUCCAGCUGUAGAAGCAGGAUUUGCUUUUGAACAUCCCAGUACUCGGGUUGUCGUAGUUGUCAUGUUGUCGAACUGGUCGUGUCAUGUAUGUCUAAUUCUCCAUGCUACCUCGUCAGCUUAAGUUAGUAUGAUGUCCAGAACGUUGUCGUCUGUGAACUAUGAUGAAUCUUAAAUGUUCUGAUGCUACUCCUUAAUAAGUUCAUUAAAUUAUGGUUCUAUUAUUUCAGUGUCUUUAUAUGGUUUGUCUUAAGUUUAACGUACCUCGUUUUGUCGAUUGCCUUCAAAGUGUAUCAUAUGACUAAAUGUGUCCCAUCUCCACAUAUCCUAGCAUGGACCCUGCCAGCAAUGCGACAUCGUCGCAGGCGAUGUCAAAUCCCUCAAAUGCCCAACAAUUUCCACCAGCACCACCCUUAUGGCCAACGGGCUACAUGCAGCAGAAUCCAGUCGAUUGCAACAUCAUGGGAAACAUUAAUUUUCCUAGUCCUGGUCAAGGUCCAACUACAAUGUGGGCUCCAAUUCAGCCAGGAAAUACUAGUUCCCAAUCAACCAUGAUCCCUGCUUCCCAAUCUGCACUAUAUUGGAAUCACUACAUGAAUUUUGUGAGGAACCCUCUUGGGUCGGUUGGAAUGAGUCCAUACACAGAUUCUUAUCCACCUUCACUAUCAAGUACACCGUUGCAGGGUUCGAACACUAUACCACAAAUGCCUGUACACUUGGAGUCAGAUGCUGAACACAGUGUUCAGGACAUCAAUAGUCCUGAGAAAAAUGCACCUCCAGUUCAAAAACAAAAGAAAUCUAAGGAACAAAACUUUACAGCCCCAGAAGACAGACUCCUUUGUACUACUUGGUUGCAAAUAAGUAGUGACCCUAUUGUCAAUACUGGGCAAAGGAGGGAGGGUCUCUGGGCCAGAAUUGAAAAAAGGUACAAUGAACAAAGGGGGGAAUUUCCUUGUCGACUAAACAGAGCACUUAGCAGCCGAUGGGACAAGAUAAGGGCAGAUGUCAGUAAAUUCUCUGGAUACUACGCGAGAGUCCUAAGAGAGAAACAAAGUGGUCUAAGUGAUGACGAUAAGACAUCGAAGGCAGCCACUUUGUUCGCUCAUGAGGAGGGCAAACCAUUUCAUUAUAUGCACUGCUGGCAUCAACUGAAGGGGGAACCCAAAUGGGAGAGCAUAUGUCAAGGACACUCGUUUAGAGGAUUACAUGCAAGAUCAAUACCUUCGUCGGGGUGUCCAUCAGUGGAAACACCGGAGACUGACAGUGGAUCCGCUGGACUGUCAGGAAAAAGGCCCCGUGGCCGUGAUUACAGUAAAGCUGAUAGAAAGAAAGCUGGUUCAUCUUCGUCCCCGGAGUACUUAAGCCGAUUACAAGAAAUUACUGAGAAACAAAUACAGAGGUCCAUAGAAAAGGGGAAAAAAAAGAAAAGACCACUGAAGAAGACAGGGAGAUACAAAAGAAGAGAUUGGACUUGGAAGCCCAAAAGCUAAGCAUAAGACAAAGGGAACUCAAACUAGAAGAACUGAAAUCGGCAGAACAACGUUUGCAGAUGCUGUUGUCGACAAACGAAGAAGAUGUAGAUCCUGAAGUUUGGGUUGUGAUGAAGGAACAGAAAAAAAAAUUGCAGCAGUUCAUAUUUACUUUUGAGCAAUGAGGAACGGUUCUCUACGAUGUGCGCAUGUGCUGUUGAGACUUGUUGAGACAAUUUUAGGUUACUUCGUUUACGAAUUUGUAUUAUGCACAACAGUAUUUGUUUGGUCGAACCUGUGUAUCUUAAGUUGUUUGAUGUUGUAUUAGACAAUAAUGAGCUUGGAUGUCAUAAAUGUUUGAA